AUGGGACGUAAGAAGAAGUGGAACCCUCCUUCACAAUCCAAACCACCAUCGACGGCCAACAACGCAACCACCAGUGAUAGAGCACCACCGAAUACCAAUACUUCAGACAAUCUUCGUGAUGAACAGAGUAAUGCAGAACAGCUCGACAAGGAUGCGAUCAAUUCUGAAUGUGAGCGGGCGCUCGCUGCUCUUGGCCAAAGAAACCAAAACGAAGCCCUGAAACUCAUCAAAGAAGCAUGCGUUCGCUACGAGAACUCCGCUCUUGUACACCACACUCAAGCCUCUAUACACACCAGAAUCGCUACUCAAAUCGAAGACUAUGACGCUUAUCAAGAUUCCUUGAAGAAUGCUCUCGUUUCUGAGGAGAAAGCCAUCUCACUGUCGCCCAACUCGAUAAAGUUCGCACAUACUCGCGCGAGUUUGCUCUUUCGAUUAUCGAGCAACUUUAAAGAUUACGAAGAAGUUGUGAAAGAAUGUGAGCGAGCCCUAUCGUUGUUUACUUUACCGCCAGUUGAAAGAAUUUCACAAGAAGAGCUUGAAUUUGUAAAAGAAGAACUGAAGUCGACUUUGGAUAAAGCCAAGAUUGGGCUGAUCACGACUGGGAUGAAGAAUGUCGGAACUGGUGAUGUUGGAGAGGAGACGUCUGGGUUUAUAGAGGAUCUGUUAACAAAGCUUAAGAACGCGUACAAGACUGUUGAAGAGAAGACGAAGGAAAUGGAGGUCCUUGUAGGAGCUGCGAAACUUUUGCAGCAAAGGCCUGACGAUGACGCUUUUAGGUUGACUGGACCGAAGCCGCUUGGCAAACUCCAAAACAGAAAAGCAAAUGCUGCUAUGAAGAUGAUCAGGUCAAACACGGGCAAGAUUGGAAAGGUUCUGGAGUUUUGGAACUCUAUGAAUGUGGAGGAAAAGAGAUGGUUGCUCAGACCAAGAAUUAACGAUGUUAGGGUGCAUUGCGCUGAAGUCAAGUGUAUUUUGGCAGCAGAGGAUUUCCUGGACGCUAUUUGUUAUGCUGAGGCGGCUCAUACUUGGAAGUACUGGGAAUGUUGCGUUUGUGGACACGCAUCUGGGGAUAUGGAGUCGCUUAUUGAUCAUCUAAUGCAGAGGCAUGUGGGGGACUUGUCAGGAAAGUCGCAAGCAUUCCUGCCUAAAGAAAUUGAUGCUCAUUCUCUGGAGAUGCUACAAAAUGGUCCGUGGAAGCCUGUGGAUACUUCCGAGGCAUUCAGAAUCAUUGAAAAUCGAUCAAAAGACCCGGAUGAUGAGACUUGGCCAUUGUCUGAUGAUUCUGAGCGUGCAGAUAUCCUUGAAAGAAUCCGUAACAAGUUCCUGUUGCAUCUGCCACAUAAAUGGGUUGUUCUGAGCUAUCUUAUGGCAGUGAAGCACUAUUCAUUGAACUUGCUGCUGCAGCAGGUUUCUGCUACGCAACUUCGGAUCCAUGGCCUGUAUGAAUCACACAUCUGCAUCUGCUUUUUGGGCGUUUCUGGGCUGAAUAUCAUUCUUGAUACCUUGCAGAAGUUGGAUUCUCAGGUAGCUGAUGAGUCGAUUGUCAAUCAAGAACGGGAAGUCACAGCAAGAAUUGUGUUACAUGGUGAAACAUUGUGCUUCCUUUUGGAUGAUAGUUUACUGCAUGCGGAUCUUACAUUGUACACAUAUCCUAAAGCUGCCGUGGAUGAUGCAUCUGCGACAAUGUUUGCUGUUAGUGAUGAUGAAGUUGAUGCUCUGGCACAUGGUGAUGGUUUUAUAUAUUGGUUGUUUGCUGCGGGUUUUUCAAUCAAAGAUGACCUAGCAUCAUGGAAACGCAAUAAAGAUGGUAGGACUCGCCAAGGGAUGGAGAUUUAUCUCAUCCUUAAGAAGAAAUUUUCUGAGAUAGAAAACAUGUGUUUGAGACGAAAUGAGCAUUUGAUCCACUGCAACGCAUUACAGGCUAUUGAAAGAAUCUGUACUGAAGAACUUAAUAAAAGGGAGCAAGGACCAAGUUAUAUACCUCAAACUUUUGAGUCCCUCUUCAAUAAGAGACAAGAUGAACUUGUUGACAGGGAUGACGAUAACAGUAGAGCUGAGCUUUAUGCUGUGGGGAAAUUUUUUGAAGAUGAAGUACCUCAAGCUAUGAACGUAAAUGAGGAUGAUGCGCAUCAAGAAGAAAAUCGCAUAAGAACUGUAAUUGAAAUGCAGUUGAAGCAGAGUUCACAAAAGGAAAAAACGUUUUCAGGAAAUGUUCCGGGGUUCUCACUAAUAUCUGUCCUGCAGAAUUUCGAAAUUGAUAUAGAUAUCCUGUGGAAUUUUACCAAGAUCCAACAUCUAUAUUUCCAACUUGCACAAGCAUCAGUUCAUGACUACCGUUUAAUUGUUGCACCCCUUCUGCUGUCAUUCAUGCGGGCACAAGUGGAGGAUCUGGUUCAUAAACAUGCAGUGGGGAAGACAGAUGCUGCACAGGAAGCAUUGUUAGCGGAGAUUGAAUCUGAUGCCAGCAAGAAUCCUACCAAGGGAUGCAAUCAGGUGAAACGGAUGGAGGGAAAGUUGAAGGACAAGAAAAAGAAAAAAUACUACAGAAAGGCUAAGGAUUCCAAGAAUGUUUUCAUAGCAUUGCAGGCUGCUAGUGGCAAGCCAAAACACAUGCUACAAGAGACAGAUACAGCACAAGCUCACAUUCCUCAUGGCGAUUACCCAGAUUCUCAGAUAAGUGCUUCUGUAAGUGCUGAUGAAAUUAUAGACCAGGAAGUUGAACGUAGGUAUAAACUCCAACUUGAAGCUGAGGAAAGAAUGCUUGAAGAGAAUUUGGAGCGUCAAAGACAAAUUGAGAAUGAGGCUAAACAGAAGCAGCUUGCUCAGCAAAACAAAACAACCGAUGCAAUAGCACCAGAGGUGGCGGAGACAUUGAAGAUUGAACCUCAAAUGCCAAAAGAUUUUGCUGGUGUUCCUAUGAACGAGUUGGAGGGAACUAAGGUCUCCUCCCAGGUUUCUGGUGGAAGGACUGAAGGGACAAGUUGCGCUCAAGGCGAUUACCCAGAUUCUCAGAUAGGUGCUUCUGUAAGUUCUGAUGAAAUUAUAGACCAGGAAUUCGAACAUAGGUAUAAACCCCAACUUGAAGAUGAGGAAAGAAUACUUGAAGAGAAUUUGGAGCGUCAAAGAGAAAUUGAGAAUGAGGCUAAACAGAAGCAGCUUACUGAGACAUUAGAAGAAGAGAAAACAGACAUUGGGGUCUUGUCUACUGAUGUCACUACCAAAAAUAUGGAUGAAUUGGAUACAUACUUUGGGACAGGGAUGAGAAAUGAUCCUGGUGAAAACAACUGCUUUUUAAAUGCAACCAUACAGGAUGAUGCGCAUCAAGAAGAAAAUCGCAUAAGAACUGUAAUUGAAAUGCAGUUGAAGCAGAGUUCACAAAAGGAAAAAACGUUUUCAGGAAAUGUUCCGGGGUUCUCACUAAUAUCUGUCCUGCAGAAUUUCGAAAUUGAUAUAGAUAUCCUGUGGAAUUUUACCAAGAUCCAACAUCUAUAUUUCCAACUUGCACAAGCAUCAGUUCAUGACUACCGUUUAAUUGUUGCACCCCUUCUGCUGUCAUUCAUGCGGGCACAAGUGGAGGAUCUGGUUCAUAAACAUGCAGUGGGGAAGACAGAUGCUGCACAGGAAGCAUUGUUAGCGGAGAUUGAAUCUGAUGCCAGCAAGAAUCCUACCAAGGGAUGCAAUCAGGUGAAACGGAUGGAGGGAAAGUUGAAGGACAAGAAAAAGAAAAAAUACUACAGAAAGGCUAAGGAUUCCAAGAAUGUUUUCAUAGCAUUGCAGGCUGCUAGUGGCAAGCCAAAACACAUGCUACAAGAGACAGAUACAGCACAAGCUCACAUUCCUCAUGGCGAUUACCCAGAUUCUCAGAUAAGUGCUUCUGUAAGUGCUGAUGAAAUUAUAGACCAGGAAGUUGAACGUAGGUAUAAACUCCAACUUGAAGCUGAGGAAAGAAUGCUUGAAGAGAAUUUGGAGCGUCAAAGACAAAUUGAGAAUGAGGCUAAACAGAAGCAGCUUGCUCAGCAAAACAAAACAACCGAUGCAAUAGCACCAGAGGUGGCGGAGACAUUGAAGAUUGAACCUCAAAUGCCAAAAGAUUUUGCUGGUGUUCCUAUGAACGAGUUGGAGGGAACUAAGGUCUCCUCCCAGGUUUCUGGUGGAAGGACUGAAGGGACAAGUUGCGCUCAAGGCGAUUACCCAGAUUCUCAGAUAGGUGCUUCUGUAAGUUCUGAUGAAAUUAUAGACCAGGAAUUCGAACAUAGGUAUAAACCCCAACUUGAAGAUGAGGAAAGAAUACUUGAAGAGAAUUUGGAGCGUCAAAGAGAAAUUGAGAAUGAGGCUAAACAGAAGCAGCUUACUGAGACAUUAGAAGAAGAGAAAACAGACAUUGGGGUCUUGUCUACUGAUGUCACUACCAAAAAUAUGGAUGAAUUGGAUACAUACUUUGGGACAGGGAUGAGAAAUGAUCCUGGUGAAAACAACUGCUUUUUAAAUGCAACCAUACAGUCUCUCUGGCAUUUGAGACAUUUCCGAGAUGAGUUUUUGUGUCUACCAGGACAUGUGCAUGUUGGAGAUCCUUGUGUUUUCUGUGCUUUACAUCAGAUCUUUGAGGCCUUAAGCAUGCCCCACACAGAUAGACAAAGAGCUGUUGGCCCGACCUCUUUAAGAAUCACUUUGAACAUUUUGUACCCUGAUGAUAUCUCCUUGCAGGAGGGACAAGCGGGUGAUGCUUUGGUGGUGUUGGAAAAAAUAUGGAGUUGUCUUCAUGAAUCAUUUACUUAUAAUCUUACUGUUUCUGAUGCCAAAUCGGAAGAGAGAAAUUGCGAAGUGUUUGGUGGUGCAAGCAAGUGUAUAGCACAUACCAUUUUCGGAUUGGACAUAGUAGAAAGAUUUGACUGUCGUAAAUGUGGUCUUCUGAAUGGAUUUAAGCACCAGCCUUGUUAUGUUCUAAACAUAAGGGCAAAUGAACUCAGAAAGGCAAAGAUUAUGUGUGUGGAUAGCCGUUUUGAUGAACUUUUAAAGGUGCUCGCCGUUGAUGACGAUACUCAAUUCAUUUGCAAGCCAGAGUUUCAUGGAUGUGGAACAUUAAAUCAUAUCAAUCGUGUUCUUUCAACUCGUCCACAUGUUUUCACUGUUGUUAUUGAUUGGAAGACAGCCAGUGAGAGUGCUGAUGAUAUGUUAGCAACACUGAAGGCUCUGAAUACAGAUAUAGAUAUUGGCGUCUUGUAUCAAGGUUUAGAUCAGGGAGACAAACACAGCCUUGUUUCGAUGGUUUGCUACUAUGGGCCUCACUUCAUCUGCUUUGCUUACAACCAUGAGCAUGAAAGAUGGAUUAUGUUUGAGGACAAGAAUGUGAAGGUUAUUGGGAGUUGGGAUGAUGUCCUUUGCACGUGUGGAAAAGGUUACAUACAACCUGAGGUUUGCUACUAUGGGCCUCACUUCAUCUGCUUUGCUUACAACCAUGAGCAUGAAAGAUGGAUUAUGUUUGAGGACAAGAAUGUGAAGGUUAUUGGGAGUUGGGAUGAUGUCCUUUGCACGUGUGGAAAAGGUUACAUACAACCUGAGGUCCUUUUCUUUGAAGCUGAGCAUGAACCUUCUAAGAGCCUAGCACUUUUAAAAGUCAUAGCUGAGGUUCUUGCAACUAUAAAUGCAGCAAUAUGUGCUGAGAAGGAGAAUUGGAGCUAUGCCACCACAAAAAGUGAUUUCCAAACAUCACGCUGCCAUUGUUGA